AUGCACCGGAGCUCCUGGGUGGUCCACACCCCUAUACGGAUAUUAAAUUUUUUUUUGCUGCAAAAGGCCCACUGCCAGCCUCUAAUCUCUCUCUCCUUUCUUUUUCUGACUAGCCCCACCACGUGCAGUGCCAGUGCAUGCAAGAAUCUCUUCUUUCUCCCGCAUGCCUGCCGCCCCUUCUCCUCCACGCUCCACCACGCCCUCAUCCGCCGUCGCGGCCUGCGCCGGCUCCGGACGGGCGAGUGCGGCCGGCGAGCGGGCGCGGUCAGGGCUCCACCGCGCCACCGGAGCUCGCCGCCUCUCCGGCCGGAUCUCCUUUUUCUCCCGCAUGCCCGCCGCCCCUUCUCCUCCACGCUCCUAGCAGCGUCGCGGCGUCCGCCUCCCCGGCCGGCUCCGCCUCGCCUGGCCGCCUCGCGGGCUCCCGCAGCCGGCCGCCUGCGCUCCCUCCCGCCGCCGGCGGAGACGAUGCUGCUGUGGGGCCUGGGCCAGCCGGCGUCGCACCGCCCCAACGCCUUCGCGCGGCAGGGCUUGCCGGCCUUCCCCAUCGACGCGUGCGGGCGCCGCCUGACGCUCCACCAGCAGCCGUCCUCCUUCCGGGGGGCUUCCGGUGUCACCGGCGCCGUGGUGUGGGACAGCACCGUCGUGCUCGCCAAGUUCCUCGAGCACGCGGCCGACGGCGGCCUGCUCUCCGUACGCGGGGCGCGCGCCGUGGACCUCGGCGCCGGGUGCGGGCUCGUGGCCGCGCUGCUCGGCGCGCGGGUCGUGCCGACCGAUUUGCCUGACCGCGUCCGGCUGCUCCGCAAGAACCUCGAGGAGAACGUCGGGGGGUCGGCGACGGUGGCGGAGCUGGUGUGGGGCGACGAGUACGAGGUCGACCCGGAGCUGCUGCUCCGGCUGGACCCAGAGCCGCCGGAGCUGGUGCUGGGGUCCGACCCUUGGAGGCGGCCAUGAGGGAGUUCGAGAUCGGGUGCAUCGAGCAGGAGCAGUGGCACCCCGACUUCCGCACCAACCGCAUCGCCAUCUUCAUCCUCCUCAAGAAGACGCCGCCGUCGCUUCCUGUCUCGUCGCCAUAGCUGCUCAACCUGAAUGCCAAUGAGCAGCAACAAGUCUGUCUGUCGGAAGCCGCUGUCGUGUGUUGUGCCGCGCUGGAGCCUGGAGCCACCCACCGACGACGCGACGC